AUGUUCCAGAACGCCCUCACCGUCUUCUUCCAGCUCUGCCUGGCCACCCUCGCUCUCGCAGCCCCCAUCGCCGGCGAAGUUACCGCCACUGGCCACGGCGAUGCCUGGCAGUACGGCACCGGCGGCGGCAUCAUUGGGUUCAUUGUCCUCGUUCUUGACAUCAUCGUCUUCAUCGAGGUCCUGCAGUCGAACCGCCCUCCCUCCCACAAGAUUCUCUGGUGUCUCGUCGUCUUCCUCUUCCCCGUCAUCGGCAUGAUCGUCUACUGGCUCUUCUCGAACCGACAGGCACACAAGGCUGGCUCCUACGAGCCCUUGCCAUAA